AAUGUUGCCACACCGCUGACCUCAGGGACGCCGGAGGAUUUUCCAGUUCUAUUAUUGUUUUUCCGCCAUCUCUAACCCCAGCAGUGGCCAUGCUGUCUAGAAAAAUGCAGCUGACGGCUACAAUAUUUCACUCUGAAAAUGUAGCCUUCUGGAGUAGAAGUAUAAAGUAACGUUACCUCAAAAUUGUACUCAAGUGUAGCACUUAAGUAAAUAUUACUUUCCACCAGUGACAGCAGCACAUAGCCUAUCAUACGCGCACGGCGCGCCUUCUUUUUAAAAACAGUUUUACUUGAAAUCUUCUAAUCUGGCAACACAGGGCUCGGGUUCCCUGCUACUGCCACAUAUAGCAGGGCGAUAGCUAUCAUACAUGCUGAGUGAGUCUAAAUUUGGUUUGCAACCCAUACGCACGUCUUUGGAAGCUGAGGUUGUUCCCAAAUGUUUGCACGGGUGUUGCUACAUAAUGUAUUUCAGAUUGUCUGAAGCGUGAUUACUCUUGUCCCCGCGUGGCUGCGACCAGCAGAUGGCAGCGCAGACCGGCUUUCUCUCCAAUGUGACCCUGCUCUGCAGCUCCACGGUCAAGCGACCAGCCACUUCCCACUGAACAAAAACACGCAGACGCAUGCCCACAGAGGUGCAUUCCCACCGUCUGGGUCUCACACACUACAGGGCCACAUAAAGACCGAGAAAGAUAUCGGAAAAACAAGGCAGCAGCUGCACAGGCGGAGCUCAAGGGAAAUCGGCAGUUCAUUCUAGUAAAGAAGUGAAAAUACUGCUCAGCCAGGAAGCUUAAAUCAGCUGACAGUAACGUACGGUAUCGGUUAGAGUGGCAGCAGCGUUUAAAAAGAAGGCGUUAAGGACAACAUUCACUCGAGCGUAGAGUGGACGUAUCCGUGGACAGUGAUGGAGACUAUAGUGUGUCCGAUGGGUGGAGGCGCCACCCGGCUGUACAGCGCCCUGACUCAGACCCGCGGCAGCUCUCCUCUCCCCCUCACCCUGUCCCAGCAGCCUGACAACACAAACCUGGAUCCAGCUUUCUGCCAGGAGCAGAAGGGGUCCCCUGCAUGUCCCCCCGAUCCAGCGGAGCUGCUUCGACAGUGUGAAGAGGCCCUCGGGGACCGACCUGACCGCCUCCACAGGAAGUUCACUCACCUCGACGAUGGAGACAACGCCCCCAGCAGCCCCAUCAGGGUGAUGCAGUGGAACAUACUGGCCCAAGCCCUGGGCGAGGGACUUGACAGCUUUGUCCAGUGUCCUCCGGAGGCCCUCAGCUGGUCCCGUAGGAAGUACCUCAUCCUAGAGGAGAUCCUCACCUACCGACCUCAUAUCCUGUGUCUGCAGGAAGUCGACCACUACUACGACACCCUCCAGCCGGUUCUGGCAGGCCUGGGUUACAGCAGCAACUUUUGCCCUAAACCCUGGUCGCCGUGCCUGGACGUGGAGGGCAACAACGGCCCCGACGGCUGCGCGCUGUUCUUUGAUCAGUCGCGGUACGAGCUCGUGGACAGCGCCAGCAUACGCCUUUCUGCCAUAAGGAUUCCAACCAAUCAGGUCGCCGUGGUGACGAUGCUGCGUUGCCGUAGCACGGGGAGAUGCGUGUGCGUGGCCGUGACCCAUCUGAAGGCUCGUUCUGGCUGGGAGUGGCUCCGCGGCGCCCAGGGCUCCGACCUCCUGCGACACCUCCAGACUCUGGUCCACAAACACGGCGGCGACCCCGCGGGCGCUCCCAGCGCUGACAUUCCUCUGCUCAUAUGUGGAGAUUUCAACGCAGUCCCGACUGAGGAGGUGUACCGACGCUUCGCCGCGUCGCCCCUCGGCUUGGACUCGGCCUAUAAGAAACUCAGUCAGGACGGUUUGACUGAGCCCGAGUACACCACGUGGAAGAUUCGGCCUACAGGGGAAUGCUGCUCCACUCUGGACUACAUCUGGUACAGUCGGCACACGCUGAGAGUGGACGCCGUUUUGGACAUGCCCACCGAGGAGCAGAUUGGGCCAAACAGGCUUCCGUCCUUCACUUAUCCGUCUGACCACCUCUCUCUGGUUUGCGACUUCAGCUUUAAGGAGGAGGACUGAGCAAACGCACAGGAAGGGACACAGGAAGCGACACAGGAAGCGUUGGCUUCACUCAACAAUAAGGGGCGCUGAUGAGACGCCACGUGGGACCGACGGGGCGGGAGCGAAGACAGGACAGAGAAACCGGAGCGGGACGUUAGUUACUGCGCGUGGAUUGAAAAGUCUUUCAAGUCUUGAAAACUUCCGACUAGGGCGGGGCAAUAGGGAGAAAAUCAAAUAUCACGAUAUUUUUGACCAAAUAUCUCGAUAUCGAUACAGAGACGAUAUCGUAGUGUUGACUAUUGGUGCUUUCACAAAAUAUUUACACAAUGAGAUUUUUGAUCAGUAAUGUGGAUAUAAUGACUAAGUGGGUAAAGGCAAAUAAUAGAACAGUUACAGUCU